UUCUGAUGUCACACAUGAAAAGACAGAAACACUUCUACUCUUUAAAAGACAUUUAAUAUACAUAUAAAGUUGUGCUGUGGGAAGUUUGUGUAUAAUGCGCCAAGUUGCGCAUUUAGAUACAACGUGCUAUAUUGGCAUUAGUUUAGUUAAUUUGCUCCAUAGUGUAUUUAUUAAGUUUAUAUUAAAAAAAAUAACAAUAAUUAUAAAUCAAAAUUUGAAUUCCGUUUUCUUGUAAAUAUGAAAUUCUGUAUCAUAUUUUCAUUUCAGGACUAGGUUUCAGAUUAAACUUAAUGUAGGAAUGCAAGUUGUUGGAACACUCAAUGUGUCACUUGCCCUGUGUGACAUUUUUACAAUGACAUUGUGAAAAUUAAAACCAGACACUAGUGCUAUUCUUUAAGUUCAUAAAAUCUAACAAAUAUUAUCAAUGUAAUUGUUGUAUUUGUGUGUUUUCACAAUGCCUGUUGCAUAUGCAUUUGUCACAAGUCUACAUUACAACGGCUAAUUUUUUUUCUUGUAUGACUAAUGAUUCCUCUAAAUAAGGACUUUACAUUAUUUGACAUGUUGCUGCAGCCUAUUAUAAUAUAUUUAUAAUUAAUCAACCAGCUACCAUGUUGUAAAUGUAUAUUUUGAAUCAUAUAAUAACAGUUUGUUAAAAAAAACUGAAUACAAAAUGAUUAAUGGAUCGGUAUUGUGUCUGUGCACUUGUUUAAAUACUGCUGAAUGUCGUGUUUGUGUGCUUUUUCACUUCAUCUGAUUCAAGGGAUCCUGCAUGUUGUCCAAUGAAAGAAAGAAAGAAAUACCACACUGGGAUUUAAUUUCCAUUUCAGCUGUGGAAUACCAUGCUAUAAUGACAAGUUUUGUGUAAUAAAGAAUUGUGUUCCAGGGCAUUUCCAGUUCCAGAUCAUGCCACUAAUUAGCAUGCUAGCAACACCUGGUCCUCCUCUAAUUCACUCCCUACUUAAACCCUCCAUGCUCAGUAUCCUGGCUAGAUUGUUGUUUGAUGUGAAGUGACUUACCUCACUCUCUCUGCUUAGUUGGUCAUGUCUCGUGUAUCUGUUUGGUUGCCCGUAUGACUUCAGUAAUGCACACACUACGAACCAUUGUGCAGCUACAGCGUUCACUCAUCCCCAAAACUCCUUCCCUAAACUGCAGCCGGUGCCAGAAUCUUCAGUCUUUGUCAGCACAUUUUAAGUCAUUUAUUGUUAAUGACUAAUUUGUACAGUUCCUCUGCUCUUGGGUUUCUUUGUCUGACUCUCUGACAGGAGGAUACAGCAGAGAGUUAAUGCCUAUGAAAUCAUAAAGAAUGUCACCCAGGUUAUUAUUCACCUCUCAUACAACAUCAACACCAAUGUCAAUGACAUCACUCUGCUGCACCUAUACUUACUAUAUUAGACCCAUGUGUCUGGAAGCCAAGAACAGUAGCUUCCCUUCCGGCACCAUCAUCUGGAUCACAGGCUGGGUAGAUGUUGCAUCAGGAGUGAGCUUACCUACUCCUGGGACGCUGCAGGACACCAUUGUUCCAGUUGUGCAUAAUAUGCAAUAUAACAAUCUGCUGGGUGCUGUAUCUGUCACCAACAACAUAAUAUGUGCUGGUUUACUGGAGGCAGGCAAAAUCACCUGCCAGGGGGACUCUGGAGGUGCAGCAGUGUUCAGUGUGGGUUCAGUAUGGUAUCACCAGCUGGGGCUAUGGCCAUGCUGAUCCCAAGCUAUGCAUGCUUUUCUCAAGGACCAAAACCAUAUGCACUGCAAUAAGUCUACUGCAAGAACUGCAGUGUUGACAUAUCUUGUUUACUAUCGCUCUGUUGUUCUUGAGACUGAACUUAGCAGUUCAUUUUCAACUUUGCUUAGAUUAAAGAUGCAUCUCUAUAUGGACAAAUAUGGAGAAUUUAUUUCAAAUUAAUUGAUGUCCUUUUUCAAAUUUAUUUAAAUGUACUGUACAAAACAAACAAUCAUAUAUAAUUUGAUUAACAAUUAUGAAAUACUUCUGACUUACAAAGUUAUCUGUAAUAAUCCACACCAAUAGGGUGCGAUGUUAGCACAAGUGAAAGAUUUAUUUUCUUUUUUUAUUCAAGAUAACAUGAAACAAUGUCAACAACUUAACCUGUAAUCUACCAUUGCUGAGUAGAUACUUCAGAAAGAAGAACCACAGCUUACACCAAUGAACACUCCCUACCAUAUCGUUUCAAUCUAAGGUUUUUUGACUGGAAAAUGACACAUGCUUGUGUAUCGUAGAGCCUUCAAACUCUUCUCAAAGGUGUAACAUUGAGGAAUUCAAACUUGGAUGCUCUGUUUGAAUUAAGUUUUUAUUUUUUAAAUGCUCAAAACUUUACAGCAUAAUGUAACUAUAUAAUCAUGAAAUGCAAAAUUUAACAACUGGUUAACAUCAGACAAAUAUUGUUGUACAAAGUUCUCUGUAUGUCAUGAUAACGGAGUGGUAUUGUCACAGAAUGUGGAGAUGAAUGCAGGAAUUAAAUUUUUUUGUUGUUGUCAUGAUGUAACUGUUAUCAGAAUGAAAGUCUAAUCAUUAUGUUGUGUUACAUGAAUCUUGGAUGUGGGAUAUUUCUACUUGAUAUCUUUGAUGAUUGAUCAUAAAGGCAUUUCAUUGCAUGAUGAUCAUAAUAUAAGAAAACAAAAUUGGAAUGAUCCUGUUAGCCUAACAGGUGUUAGACUGUUAUUAGAGACAUGUCAGAGCAAC